UUUAGCAAGAGCAAGUGACGAUCUUCUGCUCAAAAUAAACAAUACUUUGCUCUGCAAUGAUUAGAAUAAACAAUAGAUUCCCACGUGCAUACACUAUGAUCUGCAAUCUCACGCAUUCGAUAAUUCGUUCGAUAAAGUGGUUCAUUAAGAGAUUAGUAAAUAAUUGGAAUGAGAAGCACAGAUCUGUCAAGAUUAUAUAUCGCAGUGAGAACUUUUUGGCAGUUGAUAAGCCCUAUGAUAUGUAUAUAAAUAGUAAUAAUCCUGACAGAAAGAAUACACUUCAGUUGGAAUUGCGAAAAAUGCUACCCGACUUGGUUAAUCUAAAAUUGCGCCAUGAAUUUCAUUUCGUUCAUCGACUAGAUUAUCCUACAAGUGGCGUCAUGUGCAUAGCAUUAAAUAAAAAAGCAGCCAGAGCGGCAUCAUCUGCUUUUGAAAAUAAAAAAGUACAAAAAUUCUAUGUAGCAUUGGUACAUGGCCAUAUUCACAAAUCUCACAUCAUAAUCAACAAGCCUAUUGGUGAUGAUAUUCGGGAAAAAAAUGGCAAUCAUAAAAUGUGCACAAGUGAUAGUAUUUAUUGCGAAAAGCCACGAAAGUCCUAUACAGUCCUAAUAGUGUUGGAACACGGGCUUUGGAAAGGCAAACCUGUUACUAAAGUAUUGUUGGUACCUGGCACAGGUAGACGGCAUCAGUUAAGGGUACAUUGUCAUUAUAUUGGUCAUACAAUUAUAGGAGAUUAUACAUAUAGCGGAGGCAAAGAUACAGAACCUCGCAGAACCUAUCUCCAUUCUCUCAGGUUGAUAUUAAACUGUGACAUUGAAAAUAUAAAUGUAAAAACAGCAGAUCCAUUCGAAGCCUCCAUAUUAUCAAAUUAUAAAGUGACAAAUAUUGCAAAAAUCUUAGAUGAAAAUAUAUUCUACGAUAUAUUAGGUGAUUGAAACCCGUUGUUCGGCUGUAGGUGUCUCCAAGUGUUUUAUACUUUAGUACGGACAAAUGUCGCUUAUGUUACCUUGAAGGGUGACCCUGUGUCACUAACUUCUAGCCAAAAGAUACCAUAUUUAGUUGUGACACGUGCCUGAACGUGUUACGAACGAGCAAGUUAAAAAUGGACCGUGACAAGUUGUUUUUCCGAUGUGUGCUUCUACACUAUUUCGAUUUGAAAAAAAGUGCAGCUGGAACUCACCGAUUGCUUACACAGACUUAUGGUGAGUCUGCAUCAUCCAAAACUGUGUGUAGAGAUUGGUUUCGACGAUUUAAAAGUGGCGAUUGUGACCCUUAUGACAAGUAACGACCAGAUCAGUCGUAAAAAUUUGAUGAUUCCGAAUUGCAAAGUUUGCUGGAUGAAAACUUUUCUCAAACACUUAACCAAGUGUUAUCAACAGCAACUAAAGCGUUUGAACGAUAAUUUAAUAAAAAAAAGGCUGUCAGUAGCAUCAAAUCGCCGAAAAGUGAUUCUGCUGCACGACAACGCUCGGCCCCACGUUGCAUUGGCGGUGAAAAAAACGCUGAUGAAGC